AUGCACGCCAUCACGUCUAACGAGUCGGUUGUCCUCCUGGCUCUCGGGACCGGGAUUCUACCUUUCCCGCUGAAACGCGACAUCAUCGAUACGUUCCGUCGGUUUGGAAAGCCAGCGCACGGGUCUGAGGAUGAGGGCGAGCUCGGCAGCAAUCACGGUCGUGCCCUCUACCAAGGUCAACCUUUUCAGCUUAAACGCAACACUAUCGACGCUCUGCCUCGAUUCGGAAAGCCAGAGCACAGGUUUGAUGAUGAGGACGAGCUAGCCACUCCUCUCGUCAGCAAAUCUGUGCCGAGGUGUUCGGACCACCUCAGUGGAGUCUUUCGUUGUCGCAUUCACCAGCGCGGAGUCAAUGUUGUAUUUUCUACGAGGAUCAACAACGCGAAUGACACCGAAAGCGACGACGGGCCAAUGUCGUCCACUAGCCCCCACAACUGGCGCUCUUUCCCACUACCUCUCGAGCAGGAUGCGCACUUUGCGAACAUCGUUAGGAGAUCCGAGGCGUUCGACCACGCUUAA